UGGAGAGAGAGAGAGAGAGAGCGAGAGAGAGAGCGAGAGAAUGCCGUUGGGGAAGUACUACUGCGACUACUGCGACAAGCAGUUCCAAGACACCCCAUAUGCUCGUAAACGCCAUCUCCAAGGUCUCCAACACCUUAGAGCCAAGGCUCUGUGGUUCGAUUCCUUCAAGCUCCAAGGUCUUCGCCUCGUUUUCCUCUGCUUUCUCAGCGACCAAACAUCGAUCCCUACCCAUUAUAAGUGAUGCCAAGUUGUUUUUGCUUUUGUGUUUUUCAAUUGCAGAUGCGAACCAGGCUUAUACUGAGGGGUUUCGAAAAGGGGUCUGCAACCAUUUUGUAAAGACGGGGUUUUGCCAGUAUGGGGAUUCUUGCAAAUAUUUUCAUCCCAAGAACAAUUUGUCAAAUGUGAAUGCUCAAGGCGUAUCUGGGGUUGUAGUGCAAGACAGUAUGGGAGUGUCAUGGGGCAAUCUACCUCCAUCACUAAUGCCUCCUCCAGAGGAAGGGUAUCCACCUCUUCCCUUUGUGGAUUGGGGAUAGGUUCGCCACUUCAUUUGGGAACCUUUGCUAUGAUGCGAGUAAUAUAUAUCCAGUUUUACCUAUCAAAGCUUAUAACUCCUUCCAUCUUAUUUGGCACACAUAUUCGAUGUUGUUGAUAUAGUGACAUUGUAUAUCAAGAUUUGUCAUGCAGCUUAUGUGUCAUUCAUGAAUGAGCAUGUUGCUAAAUUUAUCUGUGUUGAUAAAAAAGAACCCUUAAACAAGUAA